AUGGACAAAACUUGGAUUCUUAAGUCACGAGAUAGCAUAGAAUAUAAACGAGGACUUAAUAAGUUCCUAGACUUUGCAUUUGUGAUUGCAUGGUCGGAUAACAUGAUAAAGUGUCCAUGCCCUCAAUGUGGGUUUCAAUUUAUGCAAACAAGAGAGGAUGCGUACGACCACCUGUUGAUAAAGCCCUUUCCUGUUGGCUAUACUUUGUGGUUGCGUCAUGGUGAGAAACCAGCUGAGGAGAGCUCUACUUGCACACCGAUAGUUGAGAAACAUACACCCAAGGUGAAUCCAUAUCUUCAAAUGGUGCAUGAGGCAUUUAACUUCACAAUGCCUCCUAGAAGUGAGGAGACCAUAACAAUGGAUCCUGUAGAAGACGAUGAUAUAGAGUUGCCGUACUUGUACGAUGGUCCAAGUCGCGAGGCACAGGAUUUUGCCGAUCUUCUUGCGGAUGGAGCGGAGGAAUUAUAUCCCAGCUGCUCGAAAUACUCAAAAUUGUCUUUCCUAGUGAAGCUUUAUCACAUUAAGUGUAUGUGUGCUGUGAGUGACAAGGCUAUGUCGAUGAUUUUGGACUUAUUGCGGGAUGCAUUUGAGCAACCAAAAUUCCCGUCUACUUUGUAUGAAGCCAAGAAAACUAUCCAAAAGUUGGGGAUUAAGUGCAAAAAGGUAGAUGCAUGCCCGAAUGAUUGCAUGUUGUAUCGGGGUGAAGAUGAGGACACGACCAAAUGCAAGCAGUGUGGGACUUCACGAUGGAAGCAGAAGACGCAAAAGGGUUCCAUUACCAAACUCAAAAUACCUGUCAGCAAAAACAGAAAGCCUCUCCCAGCGAAGACUCUCCGUUACUUUCCUCUUAUACCACGACUGCAACGGUUAUUCAUGUGUAGCAAAAAUUCAUCUGACAUGUUAUGUCAUAAAGAGGCAGCUAAUAACGAUGGGUACUUGAGGCAUCCAAGGGACGCUGAAGCAUGGAAAGACUUUGAUGCAAAGUAUCUUUUUUUCUCUAACGAUGCUCGCAGUGUGCGUUUAGCUUUAGCAAGUGACGGUUUUAAUCCUUUCAGAAAUACGAGUACCUCGUAUUCCAUUUGGCCUGUGAUUCUUAUUCCGUACAAUCUUCCUCCCUGGCUAUGCAUGAAACAGGCAUAUUUUAUACUAUCUAUGAUUAUUCCCGAUCCUAAAAUGCCGGGUAACGAUAUCGAUGUUUAUUUGGAGCCCCUGGUGGAUGAGUUGAAGCAACUCUGGGAUGGCGUUGAAACUUAUGAUGCUAAUAAGGGGACCACUUUCAAGAUGCGUGCGAUGCUAAUGUGGACUAUUAGCGAUUUUUUAGGGUUGGGAAAUUAUCUAAGUGGAACACGCCAUCGCUGCUUCUUGAAUCAGGGCCAUAAAUAUAGAGUAGACCGGAUUAUAUUUGACGGACAAGUUGAAAGCAGAGAUCCACCAAAGAAGUAUUCUAGAACAGAUGUCUUAAGGCAGCAGUGUAACAUGCAAGUAUCGCUUGAGAAGAACUCAACUCUAACAGCCAAAAGAAGACGCAUUGGUGAUGAUGCAGAUCAAGAUGAUUCGUAUUGGAAAAAGAUGAGUGUGUUCUUUGAACUCCUGUACUGGAAGGAUCACAUGUUGCGUCAUAACCUUGACGUGAUGCAUAUAGAAAAGAACAUUUGUGACAAUGUGGUAUUCACUAUCUUAAACGAUAGCGUCAAAUCAAAAGAUAAUCUUAAAUCUCGCAAAGAUUUACAAAGCAUGAGCAUAAGGCCUUAA